GUAUUUAAAUGUAGCUACAUUCUCUUUCAUCUCGAGGGGUGAUUUCAGGGUUUCCUUGCCAGAUCUACAGUCCAUCUGCACAUCAUCUAUGGUCUUGUGGCAUGAUGUGUGAUUCUGCAGCCUUAUUCUGUGCCAAUAAUUGCUGCCUAACACGUGGUCAGGCGAGAUGUGUGAACUAGGAGCCUAUUUCUGCAACCUCAAUUCCGAUUUGUAUUCUACAGAAUGGGUUGAGACUACUCACAUGUCUGAGACCCACAGAGUAGGACUAGAAGGCUAUUAAAUACACAAACAUUGCAAAAGUAUAAUAUAAAUAAUAUUAAAAAACCCAAAAGAUAGUGUUUAUAGUCAAAUCUUCAAACAGUUCCUUAGAAACAUUAGCAAUAUGGGGAAAUUUAUUUUCUAUGUAUUAAUUAGGAAAAUACAGAUACCCUUUAGACAAGAUUGAUUGUGAAGAAAAAUGCAGGGUUUUUUUACUUUGUCUGUUUCUUUUGUUUUUAAAAGAAACAUAGCAUAAAAUUUCAUUUUAUCUUGGGGUGCUUGUCCAAAAAUUGCUGAAAGCUCAAAAGGAAUUAAAAGCAGGCUUUGUUUUGCAGCUAAAUUAAGAUCUCACGUUACUUCAGAUUUUCCAGCUUGUUUGUGUUUACUGUGCCUUGGCAGAGGUGCCCAAGCCAGUUCUGCAGUCAAAUCUGGAAUUUCCUGCAGUCGGGGUGGAAAGGCAAUUUGAAUAUCUUUUUGCUACUUUGAGGAUUUUAAUUUAGUCUCUUUCUCUAAUCAAAAAUAACACCACACGCCAAGAAGUGACAGCUUGUGUCUGUGCAAGUGGACGGUGUUCCUGUGCCACCGCUCUGCCGGAGUGUCUGGAGAGAGGCGUGCUCUGAACUACGUCUCCCAGCAGCCCGCGCUGGCCGACUGAAGGAAGUGGUCAUGGUGGUUCUUCCUGAACUUUGGGCAGAGAUUUUAAGCCUGAGAAGCGACCAUCUCCUGACGGUGCUGUCUCGCGCAGUUUCACACGACCCGUGUCUCGCCACAGGAAAGAUCCGCUGGGAUGGCAGUGCAGGUGUUGGUCCUGCCUUCCCCCAGGUGUCUGUUCGAUGACCCUGUGCAGGUCCGUGUGGUGGGUCUCCGGCCGCAGCAGGCGGUCACCCUUCGAGCCAGCCUGGUGGACGAGAGCGGGGAGCUUUUCCAAGCCCACGCUCACUACAGAGCUGAGAGCAGCGGAGAGCUCGACCUCAGCUGCUCCCCAGCUCUGGGGGGCAGCUAUUUGGGAGUGGAGCCGAUGGGACUGCUCUGGUCUCUGCGGUCUAAAACUCCCUAUAAGCGGCUAGCAAAGAGGAAUGUCCUGACCCCUUUCUGUGUGGACUUUGAAGUGUAUGAAGGCCAUGGGGACAUAAGCCGCUUGCUGGGAAAGUGCACCAACGAACGAUGGUUUUUAGGAGAGGGGGUGAAGAGGAUUUCAGUCAGAGAAGGUCGUCUGAAAGCAACCCUCUUCCUCCCUCCUGGACCUGGUCCGUUCCCUGGACUUAUUGAUUUGUAUGGAUCUGGAGGAGGUCUUGUUGAAUACAGAGCAAGUCUCCUGGCUAGCAGAGGCUUUGUGACUCUGGCUCUUGCUUACAUGGCCUUUGAAGAUAUCCCUACUACUCCAGAGGUUCUUGAACUGGGCUAUUUUGAGGAAGCUGUGAACUUUUUGCGGAAACAGCGGCAGGUGAAAGAUACCGGGAUUGGUGUUUUGGGCUUGUCUAAAGGAGCUGAUCUAGCCCUUUCCAUGGCCACAUUUCUACCUGGCAUCAAGGCAGCUGUCAGCAUAUCUGGAAGUGGUUUUAAUUCCUUCAUUCCCCUGAAGGGGAAUGGCUUCACUAUUCCUCCCCACCCAUAUAAUCUGGAGAGGAUGAAGAUCAGUGAUGAGUCUGGCCUAGUAGAUUUUUCAGAUGUCUUAGAUGAUCACAGGGACCCAACAACUUGGGAUUGUCGCAUUCCAGUGGAGAGGUCCUUAGCCAAGUUCCUGUUCUUGUCUGGACUGGAUGACACAAACUGGAAAAGUGACCUCUAUUGCCAGAAUGCUGUUCAGCGCCUUCAGCAGUGUGGACGGGAAGUGGAGUUUUACUCCUAUUCUGGAGCAGGGCACCUCUUGGAACCACCAUACUUGCCUCUGUGCCAGGCUUCUAUCCACAGAGUGCUUGGGAUGUUUGUGUGUUGGGGAGGGCAGUGGAGAGAGCAUGCUAAAGCCCAAGAAGAUGCCUGGCGCAGGAUACAGGCCUUUUUCUGGCAGCAUUUGAUGGACUCAGACAUCCCUAAGAGCAAGCUAUAGUGGAAGUUGUCAAAGAUGCUGACCAGGGAAGGAGACUAUCCCAAAAAGAAGAGAGGAGUGCAAAAAAACCAUGUCCUUGAAUGGAACAUCUCUGAACUCAUCUUUAGCCUUAUUGCUCAGAGCCCAUGGAACUAAAAUAAUCUGGGCGAAUGUGAUCUAAGUUAAAUGAAGCUUAUAUAGCUUGUUGUUUUUAAUUAGGUGUCCCUGAAGCAGCCCACAGACUGUGAGACCUUUGGACACAGCUUUUUGUAUCGCAGUGUAGAUGACUUACUUUACACAGCUCCGUCCUCCUGGCCAAUCUACUCAGUAACCCUUUGUGAAAAGCUCCAGGGACUCCUGACAGUUUGGAAAUAUAUGGGCACCGCAUGGAGCAAUGUUCUCUGUACUUCUCAAGGCUUCUUGAAAAAGUUGUGGGGUUGUCUUCUCAUAGUUUGCCAUAUAUGUUGUAAGGCUGUGUAUAGCUCAGGAAGAAAAAAGUUCUUGAUGUUCUUUACUGGAGACCUGAAAGUACCAGGUCCAAUCAGGCAUGAGGUUGAACACAAGCAAAAACUGACCCUGAAGCAUUUUGAUACAUGUAGAGGAAACUGCAGAAGAAAAGUAAUCAAAGUACCUGUAAGCAAGAAAUGAACCACAGGUACAGAAGACCUGAAACAUCUUUGGCAAAGUAGCUGCCUCUGCAGAAGUAGUGGGUAUUUGAGACUGCAGUGGGUUUUUAGUAGGGCCUGUGCUGAACAAGGACAUUUCAGUGCAAAUGUGCUCCUGUAACACCAGUGGCUUCUUACUCAGGUGAAACAGUGUCUCUGGAUGGCUUCUGCAAGCAGGGUUAUUUCACAGCCACAGGACAGUAAGAGAUGAAGUGGAAGAUGAGAAUAUACAUUGUUUGGUGUAAUUUAGAGGUGACUUUUCUCCAUUUCUUUUUUCUGUUUCCUGUGUGUGUUUGGAAGUCUAAAGGUUUAGAUGUUUUUUUUUUUAAUUCAAAACUUAGUUCUCUAAUACACUGCCAGAUCAUUUGUUAUCAACCUGAGAGAUAAGACCAAUGUUUAAUGACAAAAUACAAAUAGUAAAAAAUUUUUUAUAGCAGUAUUUUGCUAAGAAAUUUAUAAUUCUACCAUUUCAGAAAAAAAAUCACUAUUCUGUACUUUUUAGUGCUCCAUAUACAUUAUUCAAAAAUGGAAUCUGAGCCAAAUGUAAUGUUAAGCACAGAGAAAGUGAUACUUUACAUUUGGCAAGAAGGAAGAUUAAUAUUUCCAAUGAACUAACACUCCUUGCAGCAUUUACUGCAAAAUAUCCCUGCUACUUUUCAUUGUCUAGGACAAAACCUAGAAAUGCUAAAAGAGUCUUAAAAAAUUGUCCAUGCAAAAUUUGCAUUAAACCUAAAAAUGUCUGGACCCUGACUUUAGAUAGCACUUAGAAAAAAUAAUUGAGUUACAUUCUAUUUAUGUAGGAUUAUAUCUUUUCAGUGACUUCAGCCGCUGAACUUUCAACAUCUUGUGUUUAGACUGUAAAUAUAUGUUUGCAUUAAAGUCACUUCAGUGAAA